AAAAAAAAGAUUUUUUUUUCCAACGAGCCUCGGACGGAAACCAACAAGCAAGCAGCAGAAGGAGACGCCGUCCGCCGAGGCAGAGCGCCAGGCGGAGGCGAGGCCAGGAGCAGCAGAGCCCGAGGAACGAGGAGCAAAACAAAGAGGCGAGCAGACGCCGCCCAACAACUUCCUCGGGUUUGUUUAUGUUCUUCUCGGGGCUCAGGCGAGACCCCGUGUGCCGCCCGGGGAAAAGCCGGAUAAUAAAUCAACCCUGGGACGAAGGGCAGAUCCAGCCACUCCAGUAGAGCGAAAAGCAAUCGAAACGUCCGUUAAGAUAGGUAGGAAUAUUUAUGCGAGGGCGCCGCGAUCCCGCAAGCAUAGACCCGCACACCAUAGUCUCUCGCGUGAUGUUGUCAUCCGGGAGGCUCACCUGCGCGUGGAGAGUCGAAGGAGAUUCAAAUACCUGGCAUGUGGUAGACUUGAGGAUGAACCUGCGUUACCGUGUUAGCCGUCGCCAACGCAGCAGCCCUGUUAGCAGCAACAGCAGCAACAGUGGUGGUGGGGGCGGAGGAGGAGGCGGUAACAGCAGGAUCCACCACCGUCGCACGCCACUCUCACCCGCUCCACCCCGAGCCCUCUCCGCCAGCCGGCCACUCAAGUCUCCGGUCAGAGUUCCGAGAUCUCACCGAGCGGUCAAGAAGUCUGGCCAUACUUUUGAGGAACAAAAUGAAAAUCUAGUGGUCUCUCCUGCUCAGUACAACAGUGUCGUCAAUAUAACGGUAACGCAGCACACACCCCUGCGUGCCCGGCGCUACCCCAACAAGUACUCCAAGUGCAGCGUGAGUUCUGCAGCUCCGGUCGUUGAUUCAGAUAACAACAUUGUGUCUACAAAUUUGCUCAAACCGAGGCCCCUUAGAGUUAGCAAGCGGCAGAACGAGUCUCCAGCAGACUAUAAACCUCACUCCCCCAGACGUGCACAUAACCGUCAUCAUCACAUCUCACAUCUCCCCGAAGCAUCAAAGAUGUUGAAGGAUGUACAAGAGAUGAAGAAUUCAGCAAUGGACACAUCCCUGUUUUCGCCUGUAUACUCGGUGGACUCUGCCCCUCCGUCGCUUUCCCCGGCUCUGUCUGUGGAGGAUGCGUACCCAAUCGAGCGUGUCCAGGAGGAGCUGGAGGAGGAGGAGGACAAGGCCAGCCUGGAGGGGCGGCUCUGUCAGGAUGCCUCACGGGGCUCCGAGCUCACUCCGCUCUCCACGCGGAUCCAGCUCGACAUUCCGCACAUCCUUGAUCCCCCAACACCAGACUCUCCUCAAGGUCUUGAUCCUGAGGAGGCAGACAUGAUGAUUGCGCAAGUCUCACAGUGUGCAGUGCAGGAAAACAAGGAAAAUUAUGAGGCUGGAGGGACGUAUGAGACGUCCUGCGAUGAAGGGUAUGAGGAGUGGGAGGCUUUCGACCCAUACUUCUUCAUCAAACACCUGCCUCCUCUCACCCCAGAGAUGCGUGCCAGAAAUCCAGCGUUGCCUCUGAAAACACGAAGCUCGCCAGAGUUUACCCUCGUCUUAGAUCUGGAUGAAACAUUAGUACACUGCAGCCUUCAAGAGCUUGAAGAUGCAACACUCAGCUUCCCAGUGGUGUUCCAGGAUGUCAACUACCAGGUGUUCGUGCGCACACGACCUUUCUUUAGAGAGUUUCUAGAGCACGUGUCACAGUUGUAUGAGGUUAUCCUGUUCACUGCCAGCAAGAAGGUGUAUGCAGACAAGCUCAUGAACUUGCUAGACCCUCAGCGCAAGUGGAUCAAGUAUCGGCUGUUCCGUGAGCACUGUGUCUGCGUGCAGGGCAACUACGUCAAGGAUCUCACCAUCUUGGGGCGCGACCUCUCCAAGACCAUAAUCAUAGACAACUCACCGCAAGCAUUUGGUUACCAGAUCAACAAUGGAAUACCCAUUGAGAGCUGGUUCGUGGACAAGGAGGACAGAGAGUUGCAGAAACUAGUGCCCUUCCUGGAGUCCCUUGUCGACAAGGAUGACGUUCGGCCCUUCAUUCGCGAGAAGUACAAACUGGAGACAUAUCUGCCACCAGACUAAGUGUCGCCUUUCUGCAGACAACAGACUCGUAUUUGAUAGUAGUACAAUAGGUCCACACUGUGAAGUUUCCUUUGAUUCUUUUGUCACUUCAGUUAUUAUUAUGGUAUUCUUACCAUUAUUAUUUCUUUUGCAUUUUAUUAUUAUGUUGGCAUAUUCAUCUUUAAUUGGUUUAUCCUUUUUAUUAUUAUUAUUAUUAUUAUUAUCUUUUCACCCCCCUCCCACACAAGUCAUGCAUAACUUUUUAUAAGAUGUGUUUGAGAAUCUGCUAAAACUGUGUUCCCAGUGAAAUCCCCAGUGAAAAACGUGACAGAAAACAUGACACAAGUGCAGUUAUAAAGUAUUAACACUUGACCAAGAAUAUCCCAAAUGAUUCUUCACUUGCCAUGGAGGAAGUGACUUCUAGUAACUAUGCAUUAAGAACAAGACAAAAAGCAAAGAUGGACUGAAUGAGAGUGACACGAGUUGGAAAGACUUUGCUGGGUUAGGCAAACAAACAAAAGAAGAAAGAGAAAGGACAAGAAAAAUGAACAGACAGAAAGUGUGGAUUAGCAGAGACAAAUAUUAUAUAUCUGAUAUAAUUUGGUAACGUGUAAAUAGUGGCGUGGAUGCAGGAAACACUACAUGCAUCUAAUGCAGAGUCCGAGACACUAGCCAAAGAGCCUCCAAAUAGUGCUCGAUAGUACCAUUUUAUCCCGUAAUUUUAAAGUUUUUUCCAGUGGCCCUCGCGGAGUUGGCAUUCAGUGCUCAUAGACUAAGACUUGAGGCUUGGAUGUUCUCCAGCUGAGUGCUGUGAACAUGUAGAGUAAACUAAGAAUAUGCAUGUCAAAAAAUAAAUCAUUAGCUUAUAUUAAACAUAUUAAGGUGUAUUUGAGAAGGGAGAUACAUUCUGUAUGUAAUUCAUCACUGCUUCUUAGAGUCCAUCCCACAGUCACCCUCUCAUGUAAUCCAUGCAUAUACGUAAACAUGAGGUACAUAUGUGAAUAAGUGUGUGUAUGUAUGACUUGAUUUAUACAUGCAAUCACCCCUUUGUUAGUAUGUACAGUCUUUUUUUUUCCCCCCCCCCGUUUACAUGUGUAUGUAUAUGGCGGAGACCAGGUCAAACUGGUUAUCUUUCGCGUCUCAAUUUUUGUCGGUCUUGUUGACAGAUAUUGUUUGUGUACCUGCUCUUUGAUAAACUCGUUGCAUCUUUCUUCUCUGGCUUAUCUUGGUUUGUCUGAUGCUGGAAGCAAAAUCACACACACACACCUGUUAGUAGUAGUUUUUUUUUUUUUUUUUUUCUUUCUUUUCUUUUUCUUUAAUCUCACCACUGUACAAAUUCAAAUCUCUUAUUCCUUUUCAAUUCUCCUCUGCCUUCUCUCUUGUGGCUCUCUCUCCACAGAAACCUUCACUGGGUCUUAAAUACAUAUCUUGGAAUUGUGACUUCCUCUCCCUUCUGCCACAGUAGUCUCCCUACCCUAUAGUCCAUUUGUAGAGCCAGCGUGUCUUUGAAUGGGAAUCUCACGUGCUUCAAGUAACAAGGAAGUUGCCUAACCUGCGCCAGACCAUCAAACCCCCCUACCCCCUUUUCACGUUUCUUUGCUCGCUCUCUGAUCUAGUCUCUUUGUUAAUCACAGAGCUUGCAGACUCUUAGUGUCUUUGCAAAACAUUAUUGGCCAGUAGAUUGCUUGAAAGAACUCAGUGCAUAAUUAUAUGGUUGGGUGAAGCUGUGGUCGAAAGGAGAGAGAAGGAUGGAGGGUUCAGGAGACCUGGAAGAGAGCCUGGAGGAGGAAGGGGAGGAGGAGGAGGAGGAGGAGGGAUACGAGUAUGAGGAAAGUGGAAUGAAUAAAAGAGAAUAUCUAAAUACAUCCAUAAAUAGAUAAAUGAUUAUAUAAAUUUCAUGUAAGAUUAAGAAUAAUAAUUUAAAGAGAGAUUGACAGUAACCAGAGUCAGUUUUCAAUUUGUACAUAAAAUUAAUUUACAUUGAUAAUAAUAAUAAUAAUAAUUAUAGUAAGUAGUACAAUUACAAUAAAAAAUAUCAAAUUAAGAUUCCUUUUCAUUGACAAAAGAAACUAUUUUUUCUGCCAAUGUCUCUUAACAUCAGUUUAUUCUUUCAUUCUUGAAUUUUGAUUCGUGUAUAAGCCUGUAUAUAUGCAUCAUUUAUGUAUGUACAUUUGUAUGUAUAUGUAUAUGUAUGUUCCACAUUUCAUGUACUGUAACUCACAAAAGUGUCAUUGAAA